ACUGAGCUAACUAAGCUCACUAGCCAUGGCGACAACCUCACACCUACCACUCUUAUUCACUCCCAAAAGAAAACCAUCUUCUUCUUGCAGAGCUCUCUAUGUCCUUCUGUACUUAGCUGCUAUUGUGGGCUCAGUUGCAUUGGUUUCAAUCUGGGCUUUAAGAACGCCCUCAUCUUCUCCGUCUGUCUUAAAAGCCCGUGUGUGUGAUCGGGCUCACGAUCCACCGUCGUGCAUGGCGAUUGUGUCCGAGGUAUCAUCCACAGAAACCGACGGCGUAGAUUUACUGCAGAUGGUUUUGCACUCCUCGUUGUUGCGAAUCCAAGACGCCGUCAAGUUGUCGGCUAAUGUCAACCGUCGGAUCAAUGAUCGGGCCGUAUCGGACUGUAUGGAGUUGCUGGACUUGUCUCUGGACAAGGUGGUGGAUUCAAUGGUGGCUCUUACAAAUCUUUCGGCCCGAGCCCGAACGGACGCCCAUUCUUGGCUCAGUACCGUAUUGACGAACCACGACACGUGCUUAGACGGGCUUUCCGAGCCCGCCCGGCCCGUAAUGGAGCCCGUGAUCAAAGACUUGAUCACCCGGGCAAGGUCGUCGCUGGCGGUUUUGGUGGCGGUGGCGCCGGCUACUGAGGACGAUCUCCGGGCACUCAACGGCGAGUUCCCGUCGUGGGUUAGCGCUAGCGAUAGGCGGCUUCUGGAAGCUUCGGCGAACGCCGUGGCGGCGAAUGUGGUGGUGGCUAAGGAUGGGAGCGGGAAGUAUAAGACCGUGGCGGAAGCGGUGGCGGCGGCGCCGGAUAAUGGGAAAACACGGUAUGUUAUCUAUGUAAAGAAAGGGACGUACAAAGAAAAUGUAGAGAUAGGUAAGAAGAAGACAAAUGUGAUGCUGAUCGGUGAUGGAAUGAGCGCUACCAUCAUCACCGGCAGCUUGAACGUUGUGGAUGGAACAACCACCUUCAACUCUGCUACAGUUGCCGCCGUUGGGGAUGGGUUCAUAGCCCAAGAUCUCUGCAUCCAAAACACAGCCGGGCCGGAGAAGCACCAAGCGGUGGCGCUGCGGCUCGGAGCCGACCAAUCCGUCAUCAACCGCUGCAAAAUCGACGCCUACCAAGACACUCUCUACGCCCACAGCCAGCGGCAAUUCUACCGGGACUGCUACAUCACCGGCACCGUCGACUUCAUCUUCGGCAACGCCGCGGCCGUGAUCCAAAACUCGCAAGUCGUGGCCCGCAAGCCCAUGGCCGCGCAAAAGAACAUGGUGACGGCCCAAGGCCGGACCGACCCGAACCAAAACACGGGGACGUCGAUCCAAAACUGUGAUGUAUCGCCCAGCUCGGACCUGGGCCCGGUUAAGGGGACCAUAAAAACGUAUUUGGGCCGACCGUGGAAAGAGUACUCGAGAACGGUGUUCAUGGAGUCCAACAUUGGGGACCACAUCGAUCUAGCUGGCUGGUCACCAUGGGAUGGUGACUUUGCACUGAAAACUUUGUAUUAUGGGGAGUAUAUGAACAGGGGACCAGGUGCCGGUACUAGCAAGAGAGUGGAUUGGCCGGGAUAUCACGUCAUCACCGACAAAGCGGAGGCGAUGAAGUUCACCGUGGCGCAGCUCAUCCAAGGCGGUUCCUGGUUGAAGAAUACCGGAGUGGACUACACCGAGGGGCUGUAAAAAUAAAAUAAAAUAAAAAUAAGACCUGUAUUCGAUCAAAAUACUAAAAAUAAAGUAUGAGAGUCUUAAAUUUUAUUAUCUUUCACUCUCAUUUUGUUGUUAGAAACAGGUCUUAAGCAAGAA